AUAGCAUGGCAACCAUGACAUCAACAAGUCACGGAUUGUCUGUUUUGGCAAAUUCUUGUGUAAAAAACCCGAUUAAUCCGAAGACAGGAUUAAAAGCAAAUUUACAUGAUAAAAAUGCAGUGAGAAUUAGAUUUGACGAUGCUCUUAAUGAAGUUCAUUCAUCUAUAUUACCGGAAUCAUCAACUAAUACAUAUGGCAUAACGGCAUUAUCGGGCGGAUAUCACAAGCGACCAGACAACAAGGAAUCGGAAGAGCCUCGCAUUUCCAAAGAAGAGGAAUUUUAUGAAAAACUGCAGCAGCUCAAAGAAGAAAACAGGCAAACUCUUGAGGCAUAUAAAAGACUGUAUCAAGAAAAGGUUAUUAUAGAAGGAAUUCGUAACAGUCAAACCUUUGAUUUUCAGAGGGACAAAUCAGGUUUAGAUAGGAAUGUUGAGGAAACAACUCUGAGCAUAAAUGGUAUCAGUGGAAAUAACAUUAAAGAAAGAUCAAUAGCUUUUGACAAGAAACCUCCUUUAAGUAAACCAAAAAGCUCAGUAUAUCAAGGUCCACUUCGCAGUAAAACAUUGCCAAUUAAAUCUCAACAUGUUUUCAAGAAAGAGCGUCCACGUUCAGCACCUAUUGAGGGCAAAUCUUAUAGUCUUGAUGACAAAGAGUGGAGUAAAUUUUUUGAUGCACAGAGUUCUAAUGGUUCCUUACAUGACAAUAAUUUUGUCAUCUCUAGUGAAUCUGAGCAUUCAUUGAAUAAAGUUAAACAAUUAUGGGAUGAUUUCAAAAUCUCUGAAUACACACAGCGCAGACAUUCUUUCUCUUCUGCACAGUCUGAUGCAGAUGGCAGCCAAAGGGGGAAAAAAGAAUGGAGACACAGAAUUACAAUACCUAAGCCAUUUAAUAUGAGCAUUAGAGAAGCCCUAAAAGAAAAAAAGAAAACCAAGGCACAACUUGAAUUAGAGCAACGACAACUCGAAAAACAGAAGCAAGAGGAAGCAGAGUGUGAAAAAAAGUUUAAGGCACAGCCUGUACCAUCUCAUGUGUACCUACCCAAAUAUGAGGAAAUCAUGGAGAGGAAUGAAAGCAGAAGACAAUAUGUAAAACAGUAUUGUCAAGAGCUGUUAAAAUCACAAGUUAAGCCUUUCAAAUUUGAAAUAAGAGAAAAGGAGAAAAAGCUACAAAGUGCACAGUCAGCACCGUUGAGGAAGCCAGAAAAACCUAAGCCUAAUUUUAAAGCAAAUCCAGUUCCAAAGCAUAUUUUUAGUUCAGAGAUUGAUGAGAAAUUUUUGGAAGAAGAAGAGUUAAGAAAGAUCAGAGUAAAAAUGAGGUCGAAAGAGCUACUUUAUGAGGCAUCUCUACCACCUAGCAUGGCAGCAAGGGAAAAAUUAAAAGAACAAGAAAGAAAAGAGAAAGCACACCAAGCUAAAUUGUCAGCUAAGAAAAAACAUCGUUCAAAAAAUAUGCACAUUGUUCCUGACUAUGAUGCAUUAUACAGUGAGUUUCAAAAAGGGUUGGCAAGGCGCAAAAGUAUGAAAGAGGGAACUAUCACAGAGCCUUUCGAUUUGGAAACUGAAAGGAUUAGAUCCAGCCAUGACAAAAUAAGAAGGGAUAUUGAAGAAGAUGAAAGACAGCUUAAAGAAAACCGUUGGCCAUUUCAAAGCUCAAGAUUGACUCCUCGUAGUUCAUUAAAAUACUUGGGUAAAAACUGUUUUGUUUUAUUUGUUAUUUCAAUUUGAAUGAGCUUUUAAAACACUUAUACGCCAACAAAAAUUUAGUAUUUUUGUUACUGUUUUUUUUUACUUUUAAUUUCAAUAAGAAACAAAAUUCAAUUUUUUUUUAUGUACAGAAUCAAAUUAAUUACUGAAAUGAAAUAGAUUUGCAACUUCAAAUUGUUUAUGAUAAUAAAGGAGGAGACUGCAUUCAGGUUAGGUAUAAGAAAUAAGUAAUUGAAAGAAGUUGUGUCAUUCUGAAUUGUUUGCUGAAAAAGUAUUCUUGCCGAAAUAUUUGCCAUUUUGCUGCAUCAUUUUUCAAGUUUUCCCAUACCUUGUUUUACAUAUUUCCUUCACAUUUUCUAAUGUUAAUGAUUUAAUCAAUAAAACUUUAUUAAAUGACAUUUAUACUUCCGAUAUUUACAUGAAUUUGGAUGGCUGGUUAGAUAUGCAAUCAUAAAGACAUGAUAUACACACUUCUGGGCUGAACUUCAACAAUACCAGGCUAUUCAAUGUUGGGUACACCAGUAUUUUUAAAAAUUUCUUGUGGGAGGUAUAAUUUUUAGAAUAAUGCUAAUAAUAAGUAUUUGAUAUAUGAAUGAGCAACUACUUUAUUAAAGAAAUGAAACCCAUUUUUUUAUUUCCAUUUCUAGGUGCUUUGUCUAAUUCUCUGGAUGCCAUUCCAACACAAUCAUCUAAAGCUGCAGAUCUAAGAACAAUAAAGGCCAAGUGAGACACUUGUCAGAAGCUUGACUUCUAAAUUAUGAAAAUUAUUUUUUGAAGCAUUUUCUUGAUUCUGUUGUACAAAUUAUUUUGUUUUCAAUUAGUCUUUACAUUGUGAUGUUCAUUGACUGUAAUGAUUCAGUUAAUGCUACUGCCUCUAUACCAUUUUGUUACGUACAGGAAAGAGCAAGAAAGGUUAAACAAUAGACUAAGAGAAGAAGAUGAAGCUGAGAGAAGGAGAAAGGCUCGGGAGGCCCAGCUUAGACGUUACCUCUCUGAGAAAACCAAUGCGGAUGACAUCCCAAGGCCUAGAGACUCCAUAGCUGAGAGACUGAAACAGAAAAAGUAUGGAUAUUUUGAAUUAAUAUUUUUCAGUUGUUGAAGGGUGAAAUGCUUAUUAUGAUCAACUUUACUCAGUUCAAUUUAACAUACCCAAUAGUAUGUGAUGUUUAUUCAGCAGCAAUACUGUUAAGGACUUGAAUGUAUAUUGUGAUUGCGUGUUGUUUGGAGAGCAUUUGGGUAGAUGUUGUUAUUAAAUGUUUGAUAUUUUGUGACGUAUUGUGGGAAAGGAGAAAUGACGCAUUAUUAUUGUUGUAGAGUGUUGUCUUUAAGUAUGGUAAUGGAAGUUGACGAUUUAGUUUUUUAAUAAAUAUAAUUUAUUAUAAGAAUAUAUGGUUUGUGUAAUUUGACGAUUUAGUUUUUUAAUAAAUAUAAUUUAUUAUAAGAAUAUAUGGUUUGUGUAAUUUGCUAAAACCCCUAGACAACGAAACCGUCGAACCUUUGGUAGAAUUGGUUUGUAAUAAAGAUAUGCAACUGUUUAAAAAGCAGAAAUUGAAUAACUGAGGCAUCUCAAUUACAUAUUUUCAGUUAAUAUUUUUAUUAUGUCUAUUUUUUUUCAUUUAGACAAGAGGACCGGAUGAGACAAGAAGCAUAUCAACGGGAAAUUGAAGAAAUGAAGAAAAGAGUAGAAGAUUCGCCUCUGUUGGUUGAAAAGGUCAUGAAAGUAGGUCAAAUUGUAUUAUCGUUUUUCAAAAUAUGAUGAUUAAAGGAAAUAAAAGAUAUAGAAUUAUAGAUUAUAAUACAUUUUACAUUUUGUUUUAUUAUGAAGAGAUGUGAAACUUAUCUUAAUAGGUAUUACAUUAUUUCCUAAUCAAGUUAUAAAUUCAAGACAAGUUUAUGUCAAACCUUACUUCCAAAAUAGACAUAUUUUAUUUAACAAUUGGCUACUAAAAUAACAAAGAAUUCAAAUAUAAAAAUGAGCCAUUGUCUAAAUGGAAACUGUUAACUGAAAUGAGAUGGACAUCCUUAAAACUUGGUGAAAAUAAUAUUCAUAUUCACUUAUCUGAUUAAAAGGUACCAUCCUAAAGUUGGUAAUUAACAUUUUCAUGACGAUUUACACAAAUUUACAUUCUUUCUUCUUUAUAAAUAACUAGCUAACAUCAUAAUAAAAUAAACGUGAGAGAAGUUUUUGAUAUAUUGAUGGAUUUUAUUAUUUUGCUUUAAAGGAUAUUGCCAGAAAAGAGGCAGAGAAAAAAUUUAGCUCUACUGUAAAUCAUGCUGGAUUGGAUGAGAAAGAAUUUUUGAAUUCAACACACUCCAGAAGUCCAGGUCGUGACUCAAGCUACAGUUAUGAGAAUACUGAUAAAGGUACCACUCAUUAUGAGUCUGAUUUAACAUACACAAAGGAAACGGAAGUGUACGAGAAUUAAAUUUUUGUGGAGCAUACAAUUAUUGUCAGAAUUUCAUGUUAUAUCCUUACACCAUACUUAUAUAAACCUUUCGUUAGUGUAUUUUGUGUUAUGUUUUCAGGAUGAUUCAAUCAUAUAAAGGAAAUAAUUGUAAUAAUACAAUUUUCUAUGUAAAACUUUUUCGUGACAUGCAUUUGUCUCUUCCACUUAUUUUCUGUUAGUCUACUUUUUUAUUUAUGUAAAAGGAAAUAACCUCUGAGCAGAAGUCUUUAAACAAUAAUACUAAACUAACAGCUGCCUAUCAUGUGGCUCAGCCACUUCCACUUUAUUUUUCUGUACCAUGCACUUUUAGAGCGAUAAGCUACCUUACUGCCAUACAAAUUCACUGCUUAAUUUUACUUGUAUUUUCUCGAGAGCAAGGUUAUUUUUUUAACGAAUAAAGUGGAAUGUUUUAUUUAUUUUUUUGUUACUAAUUUACAACAGCUAGAAAUUUAGCUUGUUUUCCAGUUCCUUUAGAAGUUUAUUCCCAAGCUUUGAUGAUUUAAGGUCUGAAAAGAAAGUAGAACUAUUGUCAUUGCUACAGAAAGUGAUAUUGGUGAUCAUUAUAUUUAGGAUAAAUAUGAAUCAGACUUAGAAACAGUACAUCAGCAGUAGUUGCUUACAGUAGUGACUAUGGGACACUAGCCAACUUGUGAAGCAGCACAGACAUUAUUUAUAAUUAAAGGUUAUUAUGUAACUUUUAUUUGAUUUAUUAUAAACUUCAUUCCUAAUUUUUUUACUCAAUAAAAUUAGAAAAAACAACUUUUUAUUUUUCAUACCUUCGUUAAUAUUUUUCAUACCUUCUUUAAAAACAUAUUAGUUUUCAAAUGGAAUUAAUCCCCUUUUUUAGGGAUAUGAGAGAGUUUAUAGGGAGAGGAGUGGGUUAAAGACAUUUUUUCCAUAGCCAUGCAGGAACUAAUUUUAGACCCUACAUCUAACAAAAUUAACCAUGGUUGCCAAUAAUUCCAUCUACUGGUAGUGAAGGGUUAACUCUCUUAUCUUUAGACAUUGUAUCUACACAUUAGGUUGGGAAGGGUUAACUCAUUUAGCUUUAGACAUUGUAUCUACACAUUAGGUUGGGAAGGGUUAACUCACUUAGCUUUAGACAUUGUAAUCUACACAUUAGGUUGGGAAGGGUUAACUCAUUUAGCUUUCGACUUUGUAAUCUUCACAUGUCAUUUUUGGUAUAAAAACUGUGAAUGUGCUGUGUGCUUUCCUUGUGUCUUAACCAUUCUGUCUUCAUUGGUAAUGUAUUCAGAGCAGGAUAUGGGAAAGAUUGCACAAAACUUACCUUUAAAGAUGUCUUUUAAUUAUUAGUAUAACAUAUACUCAAUUUGAGCAAAAAGAACUUGCCACUUGCUAUUCUAACUUUUAAAUCUUACAAUAUCACUUUAAUGUAUAGUAAUUUUAAUGUAUAGUAAUAAUGUGUUUUUCUCAAUAUAUAUUGGUUUUUAUAUGUGUACAUGGAAAAUUUAUUAUUUAAAUUUUAAUCGCUUAGCAUUCCUCUAAUGGUGUAAAAAAUGUGUAAUUAGUAAUUUACAUAAUAAUGUUACCAACCUAUAAAAUAGUUUUUUCAAAUUAUGUAUAUGUAUUAGGGGCAAUUAUUCAUCAUUUUUGGAUUGGAAAUAUACACAUGAUUGGAUGCAGUAGAUUUGAAAAAUAUUUUUUAAAAAUAAACUUAUCCAAAUUAUUUUUUGCUUAAACUUAAACAAAUAUUUUCAAUUGUAAAAGCUGAUCUUUUCCAUCCUUAUUAUUAAUGUUAUAAGAUUGGAAUAAGGAGUUAUAUUCUUAUUUUAUCAUGUAUCCAUAUUUUAAUAUCUACUUGAAAGCCAUUCCAUUCUAACACAUUCUAAGCCAUGUUUACAAAUAUUCUGUGAUAUUUUCAAUAAUAUAUUUAUUGUAGCUAUUU